CUACCAUGAUUCAUACAGAUUAUAGUACUAGAGCUUCUACAACAAUCUACGUUCGUUUAUAUAUUCAGCUUGAUUCUUGAUUCCGUACUCAAACGUAAUUUGUGUGUGAACGUGAACGUUAGUCGUAUUUCGUGUUACUGUUGUUGAAUUUAUUUUUCAAAUUAGAAAAAUGACUGUCGAUUUUUACUACGCCCCAGGAAGCGCUCCUUGCCGCGCCGUCAUCCUACUUGCCAAAGCUAUAGGAGUUGACUUGAACAUGAAACUCACUCACUUGCAUGAAGGAGAACAUUUGAAACCCGAAUUCUUGAAAUUGAACCCACAACACACCGUUCCCACCAUGGAUGAUAACGGUUUCUCGCUCUGGGAAAGUCGUGCCAUCAAUACCUAUUUGGUUGAAAAAUACGCCAAGGAUGACGCUUUGUUGCCAAAAGACCCCCAAAAGCGUGCUCUCGUUCUACAAAGAUUGUUCUUCGAUGCCGGUACCUUAUACCAAAGAUUUGGUGACGCUUACUAUCCACUCAUCUUCGCUGGUGUCCCAGUACCUGAAGAUAAGAAGAAGAAGCUCGAAGAAGCUUUUGAGUUCCUUAACACCUUCUUAAGCAGCACCGAAUACGCUGCUGGUGAUAAAAUUACCUUGGCUGAUUACAGUUUGUUCACCAGUGUGACUUCAGUUACGGCUGUCGACUUCGAUAUUAGUAAAUACACAAAUGUCACUAAAUGGUUGAGCAAGUUGAAAACUCAAUUGCCCGCUGAACCCGAAGGUGUUGGCGCUGAUGCAUUCCGUCAAUGGUAUUUGAGCAGCGUUAAGAAAAAUUAAUACUCGUCGUAUUAAUUUUCACGUCCUAUUUUUUUUUCCACUUAUUUAUAUAAGUACUUAUUAUUUUGUUCACAUUGUCACUAUAUGUUAAUCGACUGCCGUGAUAAAAUGUGUUAUUUUUAAACAGAAUAUUUUUAAUAAAUUUAUUUUUAUCACUGCAAAAA